GACCACACAACACUUCUUACUAUUAGUUUGCAAAGGCUGUUCGUUGGACAUUUCUCUCUAUCUCUAUCUCUCUCUCCUCCUCUCUUCUUCUUCUUCUUCUUCUUCUUUUUCUCCCUAUAAAAUCUCAUCUCUCACAUUUUUCUUUUCUUGCAUUCUCCAAACGAAACCUCAAGCUUCAUUUUACUUCCCUUUAUCAUUACUUUCCAUUACUCCAAUAUUAAUGAAUAACACCGACCGUCGUCGCCGUCGUAAGCAACAAAAAGCUACUCUCCAUGAUUCGGAAGAAGUGAGCAGUAUAGAAUGGGAGUUUAUCAAUAUGACUGAACAAGAAGAAGAUCUCAUCUUUCGAAUGUAUAGACUUGUCGGUGAUAGGUGGGAUUUAAUAGCAGGAAGAGUGCCAGGAAGACAACCAGAGGAGAUAGAGAGAUAUUGGAUAAUGAGAAACAGUGAUGGCUUUGCUGAGAAACGACGCCAACUUCAUCACUCCUCUUCUUCUCACAAUAAUACGAAACCUCAUCGUCCACGCUUUUCUACUUAUCCUUCUUAGUUUUAGUUUCAUUUUAUUUUUAUUCUGUUUUUAUGCCGACCAACCGAAAAAAAAAAAUAAACAAGAAAAACAGUGGUGUAUAGUACUAGUAGUCCUUUUCUUUUGUUUUUUGAUAAAAAAGGUAGUAUCUUAUUAGUUUGAA